AUGCCCCAUCUCCAUUGUUACAUGUCUCCUCUUAUUUCUUUUCUAUUAACAAGAGAUCGUACCCUAGACUACACACUCAAACAAGGCCAUUCCAUAUUCUUCGGUACUGUACUUCCAAACUCUACGUUCUUACUUGCGUUCGUUUAUUCUUUUAUUCUCUUCGUUCGUUUAUUCUUUAAUUCUAUUUGUUUAUUUUUUUAUUCUCUUCGUUCGUUUAUUUUUUCAUUCUCUUCGUUCAUUUAUUCAUAUAUUCUCUUUGUUCGUUUAUUCUCUUAUUCUCUUCGUUCGUUUAUUCAUAUAUUCUCUUCGUUUAUUCUUUUAUUCUCUUCGUUCGUUUAUUUUUUGAUUCUCUUCGUUCAUUUAUUCAUAUAUUCUCUUCGUUCGUUUAUUCUCUUAUUCUCUUCGUUCGUUUAUUCAUUUAUUCUCUUCGUUUGUUUAUUCUUUUAUUCUCUUCGUUUGUUUAUUCAUUUAUUCUCUUCCUUCGUUUAUUCUUUUAUUCUCUUCCUUCGUUUAUUCUUUUAUUCUCUUCGUUUGUUUAUUCUUUUAUUCUCUUCGUUUGUUUAUUUUUUUAUUCUCUUCGUUCGUUUAUUCAUUUAUUCUCUUCGUUUGUUUAUUCUUUUAUUCUCUUCGUUCGUUUAUUCUUUUAUUCUCUUCGUUUGUUUAUUCUUUUAUUCUCUUCGUUUGUUUAUUCUUUUAUUCUCUUCCUUCGUUUAUUCUUUUAUUCUCUUCGUUCGUUUCUCUGAGUGUCUCCUUUAUUUUCUUGUUGCCGUCCUUAAUAUCGGGAAUUCUUAA